AUGGAUGAAAAAGAACAAGGAAGUUAUUACUUUGCAAGAACAAAGUGGGGCAGCGUCACUGGACCGAGUUUGCACUUCGACCUCCCUGAGCUCGACUUCGGGGACAUCUCCUUUGGCUUUCCCUACACCCAGCGCUGCCGGCUCACUAACAGCUCCCCGGUGCCCGUGACGUUCCAGCUCCGCAUGUCGUUCGAUGGCACGCAGCCGGCUGUGGACAGCGUGGAUCAGAUCCGCUGCCACAGUGACCCAGCCUGGAGGAAGGGCGUUCACUUGUAUGUGGAGCCCCGGGAGUUUACCAUCACUCCCAGCCAAGGGACCAUCCUGCCCCAGGGACACCAGGACAUCCAGGUGACCCUGUGUUCCAACUCGGUGAUGGAGUUCUACAGGAAAAUGCUGGUGGAUCUGGAGGGUUUUGGCAAGGGAGUGGCAUCAUUGGUCAUCACAGCCAGAUGUCUUGUUCCUAAGCUGCAAGUGUCCCCCCACGUGCUGCAGUAUGAUGAGUGCCUCCUGAAGGUGCCCUACGAGAAGAAGUUCAUCAUUAGGAAUCCCAGCCACCUGCCUGGCUGCUACGGGCUUAUUGAACAGAAACGCAAGGAGGACUCUGCUGUGCUCUACUCCAGCCCCAGGCCCUGUGGGAUUGUCCAGCCUCACAGCACUGCAGAGAUCCCAGUGCUGGUGGAAGUGCAGGCGCUGGGCACGCAUCGCACCAAUGUUCUCAUCGGCGUGUUCGGGGAUGAGAGAAACCCACUGGCUUCCAGUAUCCUGCCAGUGUCAGGUGUGCUGCAGCCAGGAGAGAGCCAGCAGGUCUCCUUGCCCUUCUCUGGCCACCUCAAUAGCAUCUCCAGUGCCACAGCGCUGCGCCAUGUGGAGGGAGGCCCCAGCUCCGAGGUGCUGGUGCCCGGGGAGGCCUCACGUGUCAGCUGCUCCCCGAGCCCCCAGGAGAUCAACUGUGGCUCUGGGGCACCUCUCAGGGAGAGGUGA